CUGUUAAUUGCUGAAGAACCGAAGGUUUGGGUCAUAACUCCGAAAGGUUCUUCCGCCCAACUCUCCUUUUCUCCCCUCGCCGCACACCCGGUAAUGGCCAAGGAGGAGAAGGCAGGACCGGAUGACUCUUCCAGCCCUGAGAGUCUCCUGGAUACAUUGUUGCACAACCUGUACGACUUUGGAGAGACCCUAGAUAAAAAGACAUUGAAAAGAAGCAAAAAUGAAAAGAACAAGAGAGAUUCAGUAACUGCAGAAGUCAUGACAGUGGACACAGCUUUGCAGCCAGAGUCUCUUUCCAGAGGGCAAAAGAAAAGUGCUUCUAGUUUCUUCAAAAAGCUUAAGGAAGAGCUUCUUUGUGACUCUCCAGAGAGUUCCACUGGCCCCACUCAGACAGAAGUCUCUGCAACAAUUUCCCCUGCACCGUUGCUAACAAAGGGAAAAAGAGAACCAGUGGAAGUGGUUGAGUUUCACAGCUGGAAUAAAAAGAAGAAAACUGAACUAGAAUUGCCCAAGGAUGAGGACACAAAGACAAAAAUUAGUACCCUUGACAAGGACGUGGGUAUGCAAGAGUUUAAUUUGGAAAAGGCCCGUUUGGAAGUGCAUCGGUUUGGGAUCACUGGUUAUGGGAAGGGGAAAGAACGGAUUCUGGAACAAGAGAGAGCCAUCAUGCUGGGUGCUAAGCCUCCAAAAAAUAAUUACGUGAAUUACAAGGUUUUGCAGGAGCAGAUCAAAGAAAAAAAGGCAGCAAAGGAAGAAGAGAAAAGAAUGGCCCAGGUCACAGACACUCUCAGAAAAAAGAAGAGAAAAGGUUCAGAGGAUAAUCGGAAAUCCCAAAGGAAGAAAUUGGCUCCCAAUAUUUUGUCAACAGGAUCAGCGGGACAAAUUGGAAAAUUCAAAAAUGGGACCUUGAUUCUGAGUAGUGUGGAUAUUAAGAAAAUAAAUUCUUCAAAAGUGACUAAAUGAAGCUUAUGCUGAAUUAGCUAAAAAGAUAAGAGAAACUGAGAUAAGCCCCAUUGUCUUAAAAGAGUACAUAAAUUCAUUCAGAAAUUUCCUUUUCA